UUGACAAAACCAAAAAAUGGCAGAGAGUUCAGGUAGAGCAUCAGUGCGCUUGAAACGUAUGAUUUCAACUCGUUUGUCACGAAAACGUAGUGAUGUUUCUGCUCAUCAUCCUCGUCAUCAGAAACCAAUCAUUCUGAAGGGAACGUUCGUAGUAGCGGUCCAGAAUGAAGGCCAAUCAGCAGCAGCAGCAGCAAAAUCGGCUUCUGUUCAGAUUUAUAGUGGCACUGAAAUUGAUCCAAAGACAGGCAAAGGGAAGCUGAGUGACGUGGCACAUUUAAAAGGUGGAAAGAGGAAGAAAAACGAAGGCACAGAAACAGAAACCCUAAUAACAUACAGAAUAAGAAUACGUGUGGACUUAAACUUUGGGACUCCGUUGGCCUUUCUGAUACAGAACCAACACAAGAAGAACAGAUUCUAUCUUCAACAUGCCUCCAUUGAAACUCCAAGCAACCAGAUUAUUCACUUCCUUUGUAAUUCUUGGAUAUACCCUUUCAAGAACACCAAAUCUCAUCGCGUUUUCUUCUCCAACACUUGUUAUAUUCCAAGAGAAACACCAAGAGGAUUGAUUGAGCUGAGGAAGGAAGAAAGCGAAAGGAUGAGAGGGAAUGGAGAAUCAGGAGAGAGAAAGGAAUGGGACAGGAUAUAUGAAUAUGAAGUGUACAAUGAUCUUGGUGAUCCUCAAAACCCUAGACCAGUGUUGGGUCGUUCCAGGUGGCAUCCUUAUCCUCGCAGACUCAGAACUGGACGACAACCUGCUUCAUCAAGCAUGUCAAGUGAGAGCAGACCAGAAUCAAUGCUUUGGAGUAUAUAUGUUCCUGCAGAUGAAAGAUGCAGCCCCAAGAAACUUAAAGAGUUGCAAUCAAAAGCAGUCCAAGCUUUUGUUUACUUUGUGAUUCCAGAAUUGAAGUUACUACUUGAGGAAGAUUCAGAUGAUGAAUUUCAAUCAUUCCAAGAGAUACUAAACCUUUUCUCUCCCAAUAGAGAUCGCAAAGUUGAAGGAAGUUUCAAAGACACAAUAAAGAAUACUCUUGUGCCUCAGCUUGCCAAUGCAAUCACUCGCCAUGCUUCCCAGAAGAGUCCUGUGCAUUAUCCUCUUCCUCAAAUAAUAUCUGAAAAUGAAUGGGCUUGGAUGGAUGAUAUGGAAUUUGCAAGACAGAUGGUUGCAGGAAUUCACCCAUUGAGAAUCCAGCGCUUGAAGAGAUUCCCACCUCAAAGCAAAAAUGGAGUGGUCAGUUCAAUAGAAUCCACGCACAUAGAACACAACCUUGAAGGCCUGACAUUACUCCAGGCACUGCAGGAGGGGAGAAUACUCAUACUGGACCACCAUGACUAUCUGAUUCCAUUCUUAGACAGAAUCAACACAAAUGAAGUGUGCGCCUAUGCAUCAAGGACAUUGCUGUUAUUGAGGAAUGACGGCAUGUUGAAGCCAUUAGCAAUAGAACUCAGCCUGCCUUCAUUUCCUCUGGGAAAUGGAAAUGAAGAGCAGAGAGUCUUUCUUCCAGCAGAAGGAGGAGCGGAAGCUGCUCUCUGGCAGCUUGCUAAAGCCCAUGUUGCUGCCAAUGACAAUCUUUACCAUCAACUCAUCAGCCAUUGGUUGCAUACCCACGCAGUUGUUGAACCAUUUAUCAUUGCCACCAGAAGACAGCUAAGUGUUAUGCAUCCAAUCCAUCGGAUCUUGAACCCUCAUUUCAGAGACACCAUUCACAUAAAUGCUUUAGCAAGAUGUAUACUUAUAGAUGCAGAAGGGAUUCUUGAGAAAAUAUUACUUUCCGGGGAAAUCUCCAUGGAAAUGUCAUCUGAGCUCUACAAAGAGUGGAGGUUCACUGAACAAGGCCUUCCUGCUGAUCUACUCAAAAGGGGUUUGGCCAUAGAAGACCCAGAUGUGAACAACCCCGCCGGGAUUCAAUUUCUCUUGGAGGAUUAUCCCUACGCCACUGAUGGACUUGAAAUAUGGGUUGCUAUCAAACAAUGGGUCAAGGACUUCUGCUCGUUCUUCUACAAAGACGAUGAUGCUGUUAAGUCUGAUAUCGAACUCCAGGCGUGGUGGACAGAGAUUCAAAAUGUUGGUCAUGGUGAUAAGCGCAACGAAACUUGGUGGAUACGAAUGACUACUCUCCCAAACCUGGUUGAAGCAUUGACAACACUCAUUUGGAUUGCUUCAGCUGUGCAUGCAUCGCUUAACUAUGGGCAAUAUGUGUACUCUGGUUACCCACCAGGUCGUCCAACACUAUGUAGACAAUUUAUUCCUGAUGAAGGGACACACGAGUUUGGAGAGUUUCUCAAGGACCCAGAUAAAUUUUUCCUCAAGAUGUUGCCUGGAAGAUUUGAAAUGAGUUUGGCUGUAGCAUUAGUAGAAGUUCUCUCACAACACGCUUGUGAUGAAGUGUACUUGGGUUGCCAACCCUCUCCUGAGUGGAUAGACAACGAUGAGGUUCGAAAGAGAUUUGCACAAUUCGGUGAAGAAUUAAAAAAGAUUCAGACAAGGAUCUUAAGUAGAAAUAAUGACGCCAGGCUACGGAACAGACGUGGCCCAGCGAAAAUGACAUACAAUCUCUUGUACCCUAAUACAACAAGUUCUGGAUCAAAAGGAGUCACGGGAAGAGGGAUACCUAACAGCAUAUCAAUUUAGCUGACUGUCUUUUUUAAAUUUAUUUGUAAAUUUCUGUAGAAUAACAAUUGUGCCUCGUUGACUAAAGGCCAGAAAAAGCAAUAAAAGGAAUUGGGAAAUGCAAGAUGCCCAAAAGAAGUAACCAAGGAUAGUAUGACUGACUCUUGCCAUCUUGUAUGGUACUUCCCAUUUUUCUUUUCCUUAUUUCAUAAAAUUUACACCCAGCAAGAACCCUUGGCAGCAGAAACUUCAAAUCACACAACCCUAGUAGCAGUAUAUGCUUGAUUUUGUCUCAUAAAUCAUAAAGAGUUGGUGAAAGGGGAAGUCAUUUGUUAUAGACUCUGAUAGUCACCAUAGGAACAGCUGGAAAUGGACACAGCAGCAUAAGCAGAAUAGCUAUGUCAAAAUAGAAAACGGAAUCAAAGAAUCAGAUGAAUUACUGCCUAUCACAAGAGAAGAUAAAUUAUUUACUUUUUGAAGUAACCACCACUUCGGCAAUUCAUUUCAUAGGAUAAAAACAAUAAAAAAUAGGAAGAAUUGUAAGGAAGGGCCAAA